UAGCCAAAGAGGAAAAGCAAUCACACAGAGAGCACUCAUAUUCUCAGUUCUAAUCCAUGGCCGUGGCCUACCCAAAAUUGUAUAAUGUCCUCUCCUUCUACCUUGCAACCAUCAUAGCCAUUUCUCAAUUCUUGAUUUCCAUUUUUCCUUAUUUGAAUCCAAUCACACUCCUAAUCACACUUGCAGAUGCAUUUUUAUCUCUAUACUUGAGAUCAUGUGGUCUUUGUCCCUGCACAGUUGAAUUAGAUGACCAAACUACAAUGAACUUUUGGGUUGCAAAUUCUAGGAGGUCCAAUAAGCCUGCUCUUGUAAUGCUUCAUGGGUAUGGUGGCAAUUCAAAGUGGCAAUUCAUCCAUCAAGUGGGUUCACUUUCCCAAAGUUUCAAUCUGUACAUACCUGAUCUAUUGUUCUUUGGCAAAUCCUACACCAACAGGCCAGAAAGGACAGAGGUUUUCCAAUCAAAAUGUGUGGCAGAAGCGUUGAAGACAUUAGGGGUGGAGAGAUUUGCUGUUUACUCUAUAAGUUAUGGAGGGUAUGUGGCAUAUUGGAUGGCUGAGAUGUAUCCAGAGUUGGUGGAGAAGGUUGUAGUUGUGAGUUGUGGGGUUGGGAUGACAGAUGAGCAGAAAAGAGAGCAGAUCAAUAAGGUUGGAAGCAAUGCAUUGAAUCUCCUUGUACCUGAAAGUGCUCAUGAUCUGAGGCUCUUGGUGAAUCUGACAAUGCACAAACCUGGCCCUUCUAAGUGGGUCCCUGAUAUUUUCCUUCAUGGGUUCAUCAAUGUGACCUAUAAACAACACAGGAAGGAGAAAUUAGAGCUAGCGGAGCACUUGCUGAGGAAAAAAGCAGAUAUAGACCUUCCCAUUCUAACUCAGGAAACACUGAUAAUUUGGGGAGACAAAGAUGAUGUCUUCCCUGUGUACUUGGCCUAUCAGCUGCAAAGGCAGUUGGGGCCAAAAUCAAAGGUGGAGAUAAUCAAGGACACAGGUCAUGCAGUAAAUAUGGAUUCACCCAUUUCCCUGAAUGCUCUGAUAACUUCAUUUGUUUUGGGUUACUCUUAGUGUGGCAGACUUGCAUUAUCAAAUCUAUUGGAUGAUGUAUUAGUUUUGGGUUAAACAGAGACUGCUGCUGGCCACAGAUGGAGCAAAAAUGUGUAUAUAAGUAGGAUAUUUUCAUGUUAUUGGUGAAGUUGGAAUGAGGAGAAACCCAAACACAGAAACAGGGUUAUGCUUGCUUUAUGGGUCAUCUUUGAUUAAUUUAUGCAGCUACAGCUGUGAGAUGGUCUAACUUUUGCAAGCAAGCAAGCUUUGAAUAUUGAUGUAACUUUUGUUUGUCAAGAAAUUGCUGUUUGUGUCACUCACUCCCUACACAAAACAAGCAAACACAAUGGGAGAUAUAUUCACACGGUCACACCAUAUAGAGAUAUGACCAAUAAGCGAAAUUGAUGUGCUUGUGAUCAGGUUAAAGGACUUUCUUUGAACAAUUUAUAAGAUGAAAAUUGCUAGGAUUGUUUGUAUAUGGGUCGUUGGUGCAUGCGUCCAUAUGCAUCUAUGGUUAGAAAUCAAUGUGCAUGACCAACGAUCACACUCAUCUUAGUUAUAAAAUUUAUGGCACCUAGGCUACCACACUGUAUCAUCUCAAGUUGAAAGA